AUGCUCACUAACCCAAGACACCACCUCCUCUCAGCCUCCCGAAACCUGUUCACUUCCUUGGUGGUGCUCUUUCCUCCCGACACACCCCCUCGGAGCUCGGUCGCUUGCUCUACUCGCCGCGGAUUCCCUCUUUCUUCCUCGCCCCUGAUCGCAUCGUCACCAGAGCUCUUCAACCCUCCUUCCUCCCAAUCUCGCGACCUCCGAUUGUGUGAACGGGUGAUAGACAACGAGGACGGAGAUCAAUAUCGAAUAGGACCCGCAUUCAUACCCGGCGCGCAAACAAAUUCCCACAGAACCGGCACGAUGGUUCAACAGAACCUUGCACAGGGAGGUUCGCGGAAGAUCUCCUUCAACGUCUCCGAUCAAUAUGAGAUCCAGGAUGUGAUCGGUGAAGGCGCAUACGGUGUCGUCUGCUCCGCCAUUCACAAGCCUUCUGGCCAGAAGGUCGCCAUCAAAAAGAUCACUCCCUUCGACCAUUCCAUGUUCUGCCUGCGGACACUGCGUGAGAUGAAGCUGCUGCGCUACUUUAACCACGAGAACAUUAUCUCCAUUCUGGAUAUCCAACGACCUCGCAACUACGAGGGCUUCAACGAGGUGUAUUUGAUUCAGGAGCUGAUGGAAACCGACAUGCACCGUGUCAUCCGCACGCAAGAUCUGUCCGACGAUCACUGCCAAUACUUCAUCUACCAGACGCUGCGCGCCCUCAAGGCUAUGCACUCCGCCAACGUCCUGCACCGUGAUCUCAAGCCCUCCAAUCUCCUGCUCAACGCCAACUGUGAUCUGAAAGUGUGUGAUUUCGGUCUGGCCCGCUCGGCCGCUUCUACUGAUGACAACUCUGGUUUCAUGACGGAAUAUGUGGCUACUCGCUGGUACCGUGCCCCGGAGAUUAUGUUGACAUUCAAGGAAUACACCAAGGCCAUUGACGUGUGGAGUGUGGGCUGCAUAUUAGCUGAGAUGCUGAGCGGCAAGCCACUGUUCCCCGGAAAGGAUUAUCACCACCAGCUCACCCUCAUCCUGGAUGUCCUCGGCACACCAACAAUGGAAGACUACUACGGUAUCAAAUCUCGACGAGCCCGCGAGUACAUCCGCUCUCUCCCCUUUAAGAAGAAGAUCCCCUUCCGCGCCCUCUUCCCCAAGAGCAAUGACCAGGCCUUGGACCUGCUCGAGAAGCUGCUGGCCUUCAACCCAGCCAAGCGUAUCUCCGUCGAGGACGCCCUGCGCCACCCGUACCUCGAACCAUACCACGACCCGGAGGAUGAGCCGACGGCGCCGCCCAUUCCCGAGGGCUUCUUUGAUUUCGACAAGAACAAGGAUUCUCUGAGCAAGGAGCAAUUGAAGUUGUUGAUCUAUGAGGAGAUUAUGCGGUAA